AUGGAGUCUAUCAUUUCUACUGCAGUGCUUCGGUCAAUCUGUCCCCAAGCUAAAAUCGGUCCGACAUCUGUGCAAAUCCUUGGCGUGACUGGACACAAAUUGCCAUUGAUGGGUGAGAUUGCGCUGAUGGUGGAUUGCACAGCGAUUCGUCUUAUUCUCAUUUGUUUCCUAAUUCCCGAAAACAGUCCAUCCAUACCUAGCUUAACCGCCACUCAUGCAUUGAACUAUUCUGUGUCGCUGCAUACCAGCCUGUGGCCCAAUGUGCAUACCCCUUCACAGCGCUUGGUUGUGAAAUUCUACCACAAUACACCAGACAUGAACGUGGAACCGGCCAAAUCGGAAGUCGAUGGUGAGCCUAUCUUCAUGAAACGACGAGUAAUCCCUUAUGAUCAACGUGAAGACCUGUUGAAGACUACUGAGAAAAUGGAGCGCGACGGCAUAAUCACCCGAGUCACAUCCAGUGUGUGA